AGUGCAUGCUGUGCUCCCCACUAGGGGCUUCAUCCCAGCAAGGCAUCGGCUCAGCUCGGCCUGUCAGGAGUUCAAGGUUCAGGGUCACCUGCUGCUACUCACAGCCUGGACUUUGCCCUGUCACCAAAUUCAAAAUGUCCAGUCAGGACCCUCAGCUGUGUGCUGGUGCAGAGGGUCCCCUGUGGCCUGUUCCUGGGCUGGCCACACAGGAGACGUGCAGGGGACCUAGAUGCAGUUCGUAUUCUGUUCCUGAUGUCCCAGGUGGGUGGUGCAGGAGGCGCCCCCUGGACAGAGCAGCCUCGUCCGUCUGUCCACCUCAACACCAAACUGAUCAGAGUCUGGGCUGGUCUCCAGUGGGCAGCCAGAUGUGAAGGGUGAGGGCCGGUGGGGGCCUGGGCAACGCACAGCAAGGUCCUAUCUCCAUUGGCUGGGGGUAGAGGAAGAGGUCCAGAACCCAAGCCCACAGAGCCUUCCAGAAGGACAGGCAAUCGGGUGUGGCCUAGGCCCCCACCCACAACAUGGCUCGCUGUAGUUUCCCUGGGGAAAAGCCUGCCAUGGGACUCAGGAGGUCUAAAGCCUGGCUGGCUGUGUGCCCCGGCCCUGAGGGGAACGGUGCUCAGAUGUGCCCUUCCACAGUCUGGGCUGUGGCGCAGUCUGCACAAAGACCCUGGGUCGGGACAGGUGACCAGAGUUGAUGUCUGUGCUGUGGACCAUGGUGUCCAGGCAGCUGGCACCUGAUAGAGGCCCUGCCCAUGGGCAGUGGUGGGGCGAGUGUGGUUGUGUUGGCAUUUGUUUAUUGUAGUAAAAUAUACAAAGCGUACAAUGUACCAUCAUAAAGUGAGCUGGCCGAUGGAUUCAGCAUCCUCAGUUACAUAACAAUCACCUCUAACUAACUCCAGAUCAAUCGAUGACCAAAGAGGCCCCAACCACAGCCCCACAAGGCCACUUCCCUCUGUGGAGGCCUAGAGUGCAGUUCCGUCAGGGAGCUCACACGCCGUGGUGUUGUUUCCGGGCCCCUUGCUGAGCACCGUGUCCUGAAGGUCCCUCCACAUGGGCUGACAAGUCUCCGCUCGUGGCUAAGUACUGGUCCAGAGCAGGCACCCAUCACCCAGCAGAAUCCCCCCUGGCUCACACUGAGUCCCACGGAGCACAGUGCCCUCCUUGUCCACAGGACAGAAGGGUGGGGUGGGGUGGAUAAAGGCUGUCGAGAGAGCGUGGCUUCCUGCUGUGGGGCAGGGGGAGCAGAACAUCCAGAUGCCCCCAUGUAGGGAGCUGGCGGAGCCACAGACCCCAAGCCCCGCACCAGGAAGCAGGCCGAGGUCAUGGGGCCCACUUCCCUGUUGCCGGGACACCUUUGUCCCUGUCAACAAUGGCCCCAGGGCCUUGGUGGUCCGAGCCUCUGAGAAGCAGAGGCAGCCAUGGAGAACCUGAGGCGGGAGGCCUCCCAGCCAUUUGUCCCCUCGGGCACCCUGGAACUGUACUUCCCUGCCCUCCUACACAGGUGGGUCCCUGCAUUUGGCACCCCCUUCACCCGGGCACCAGCUGGCCACCUCCUAACCUGCCCUCGGGUGGCUGAGAUGUGGGCUGGGCUUGGAAGCUCCUGGGCUGUGUGUGUGUGUGUGUUGGGGAGGUGAGGUCUCAUGUAGCCCAGGUUGGCCUCAGCUUCACCAUGGAGCUGAGGAUGACCUUGAACUUCUGAUCCUCCUGCCCCCCCCACAAGUACUGGAAUGUGCCACCAUGAUGUACAUUUGUUCUAAUUUGACACAGGAUCUUUCUGGGUAGCCCAAGCUAUUCUUAACCUCCCAAAGCCCUUGCUCACUCCUCACUCAGCAUGCCGAGCACGGGUUUGUGCUACCCGGGAAAACAGUCCCAUUUCACAGGCCUGUUUGGGCUCUGAAACUGUAGGGGCCACACGCCCUUCUCCACUGCGAAUUCCCUAAGCCCGGCACCGCAUGGGUACCAUCUAUGGGGAGCUUCCGCAAAGCGCGACCCUGCCUUGGUCCCCUGGUGACGCCAGAAGCCAGGCUCAUGCCUGUUAAACAAGCACUUGGGAGGCUGAGGCAGGAGGAUUGCCUCAGGUGAACACUGACAGUGAGACCCGCCUCAAAAAGAAGCAGGGCCACGCUGGCUGAUAAUGACUGCAGGCGGGGUGGUGCACGGAGGACACGCUGGCCAGGGACGGGGGGACCCUCGCCCCACAGCACCUUUAGGGGGUCAGACACCCCUGAGACAGGGCAGCAGGCUGGGAGCAGCCGGCUUGGCUCAGCCGCCGCCCUCCUGCAGCCAUGACUACCUGUCCCUGGAGGGGCCCCGCUGGGCGCCGGCCGUCAAGCAGGCCACGCGCUGGAAGUUCACGCCCAUGGGCCAGGACGCGGCCGGCCAGGUGUGGUACACGGGCCUGACCAACUCGGAGCCGCGCGAGGCCUGGUACAUGCUGCCCGACGCGCUCGACAGCCCCUACCGCGAGGCCCACGCGCGCUGGCACGGCUGCUUCGAGAGCCGCCAGCGCGGGCUGCCCUCCGCCUACACGCAGCACCUGCGGGAGACGGCCUUCUGGGACCCCACGCUGCCGGCGCAGUACCUGGGCGCGGGUACGCGCUGGGGGUGCGUGCCCUGGAGGGACAGGCACGUGCGCGGCAAGGAGUUCGUGGUCAACAGGAACCUGUUUGGGACGGAGCAGCCCAAGCGGUCCAACUACGUGCCCGACCUGUCGCCGCCCCAGCGGCCGCGCUACACCUCGCAGGACUUCAGGCAGCGCGGCGGGGAGCGCCCCUGCCCGGCCACCGGGCAGCCGCCCCCGGCCUUCACGCCCUCGCUCUGAUAAAGCCGCACUGCCA